CAACCAUGCAGCUGACGCUUCUUUUCAAUAAGUACCCAACAGUGACCACCGUAGACAGUACCAUAAGCAAGGUCAACGCUCUUAACUAGUUUUAAUUGAAUUUCUGUGGCAAAAUGAUCAAGCUAGCUGUUAUUCUGUAAUAUGUUAGCUGGACCUCUCAGAAGAUGUAAAAGAACAUGGCCAAUUUUAUUGUUUUUUAUGACACUAGUGAUAGUUGUGUUAUGGAUUAAUGCUAAUAAAGAAGACGAGAUACAUCCUAAGCACAUAUUUAGAGAUAACCACCAAGAAGAAUAUAUAGACAAGAAUGGCAUUAAAGUAGUAAUAGGUCACUAUAUAGGUAACCCAGUAAAAAAAAUCCCAAAUGCUAGCUACGAUAUGAUCAAUACUAACCACUUCGACCCCCAACCCUAUGCGGGAAAAAAUGGUAAUCCCGUAGUAAUUGAGGCAAAGGAUUUAUUAGAAAUGCAACAGUUAUUCCAGAUAAAUAGGUUUAAUUUACUCGCUAGUGAUAAAAUUCCGUUAAACAGGAGCUUACCAGAUUAUAGAAGGAAAAAAUGUGCCUUAAAAUACAAUGAUUACUUAACUUACCCAAAGGCAAGUGUUAUUAUAGUAUUUCAUAAUGAGGCAUGGUCGACACUUUUAAGAACCGUUUGGAGUGUUAUAAACAGAUCGCCAAAAGAAUUGUUGGAGGAGAUCAUACUCGUUGAUGAUGCUAGUGAAAGAGACUUUCUAAAAAAACCCUUGGACGACUACGUCAAAACCCUUCCAGUCAAGACUGACAUCCUGCGCAGUUCUGAACGCAUAGGCCUGAUUAAGGCUAGACUUAAAGGAGCUGAAGUAGCGUCAGGUGAAGUUCUAACAUUCCUGGAUGCACAUUGUGAAUGCACCCAAGGUUGGCUAGAAGCCUUAUUAUCUGUGAUAAAAAACGAUAGGAAAACUGUCGUUUGCCCCGUAAUUGAUAUUAUCCAUGACGAUUCGUUCGCUUAUAUUAAAAGUUUCGAGCUACAUUGGGGAGCUUUUAAUUGGAAUUUGCAGUUUAGAUGGUACACUUUAGGUGGAAGAGAAAUGAGCCAGAGAAAAAUAGAUGCCACCAAACCGUUUCCAUCACCAACAAUGGCAGGAGGGUUAUUUGCCAUAGAUAAAAGUUAUUUUUACGAAAUUGGGUCAUACGACGAAGGCAUGAACAUCUGGGGUGGAGAAAACUUGGAAAUGUCUUUUAGGGUCUGGCAAUGCGGAGGGCGAAUAGAGAUCGCUCCUUGUUCCCAUGUUGGACAUAUAUUCAGAAAAUCUUCACCCUAUUCAUUUCCAGGGGGAAUAAGUAAGACAUUAUUCGCCAACCUGGCUAGGGUAGCUCUAGUAUGGAUGGAUGAAUGGGCAAAUUUGUACUUUAAAUUUAACAAUCAAGCAGGAAGUAUAAAGGAUGCACAAAACGUCACUUCUCGUUUGGAGCUAAGAAAAAAGUUGCAAUGUAAAAAUUUUGAGUGGUAUUUGGACAAUGUGUGGCCUCAGCAUUUCUUUCCUAAAGACGAUAGGUUUUUUGGGAGGAUAAGAAAUGUUGGUGAAGAUCUGUGCUUACUGAAGCCUGAAAGGAAGGGAUUAUCAAAUCAGCCAAUGGGAUUGGCUAAGAUUGAUAGGUGUUUAGAGGACGAGAUUCCUGACGAACUCUUCGUAAUGACGAAAGAAGGAUUCAUUAUGACAGACGAUUCGAUUUGCUUAGACGCUCCAGAAAAAGAGGGUCUUGGUCCCUCAAAAGUAAGAAUAAUGGCUUGCAGCUCUUAUUCUAGACAAAAAUGGGUAUAUGACAAGGAGACUAAAGAACUUCGUCAUUAUACAAACCAAAAGUGUCUAGAUGUGCUUAGUUCCUCAUCUACUACGGAUGACUUAAUUAUCACCAAAUGUACUGGAAAAGCAACGCAACAAUGGAAUUUCGAACCCGUAUCAUGGAAAUAAUAUUUAUUUUAAUAUGAUACUAUUAAUGUGAACAUAAGCUUUUUUUUUAAUUCACAUACAUAAGAACAAAAAUUAAUUAAAAGUUGUGUUUCA